AUGGGCACGGUGGAAGAGGUCUGUGUCUGUGGUGAGCCGCUGCUCAGGGUAGGGCUUUUGACGGAGUUGCUUCGCUACACAAGUGCGUGUCGCCUAGCAAAAACUCUUGCGGCACUCGCAGCAAGUGAACUUCCAGGCGAGCGACAAGAUGGCAAGGGUCUAAUGACAGUGGCUAUUUUUGAGGGGCUGCAAUCCGCAGCUGUGCAGUGUGUGACGGGGCGUGACACCCGUCAUUGGGUGCAUCCUGUGCUGGAUGUACAUCGCCAGGCCAAAGUCCGCGUGGGAACGGAGGCGUCGAAUUUAUCGUCUACCGCAUACACGCUUGAAGGUGUAGCACUCACUAAGGGUCGCAUCUUGGGAGUAAUACGAGACAAUAAUGGUACCAACGCCAGACAUGAAGUUUCUGUAGAUGAGUUGAGGCUUGCCGAAGAGGCGUCUCUCUUUCAUGACGAGCUAUUGCCGGCAGUUGAAUGCAUUCAGCCGCAGCGUACCUCGAGGAGUGCACGGAAUUGGUUUCUUGAAAAACUGUGCGGUGCCCCCACGAAGCUACUCACCUCCUUUAACCAAAAGCGGCGUAAGGCCUGGGCACUGACAGACAGACUACUCAUUUUAUUUUACGAAGAACGCAGGCGAUUGGCGGAGCUUAAGGCGCGCAUGCAGCGCGAAGAGUCGGCUAUCGAGCUCAAGGGCCUCACGCUUACCCAGCUCGAAAACUGUGACGUAGUGCAGCUUGAAAUUCGCAUCUGCGACAAAACUGACAGUGGGUGGUUUCAGUCCAGGUUCCCAAGGGAAACGGUGCGACAUGAUUCGCAUGAUGUGGUCACCACUUUAGAGAUUCAGGCGGAACAUGUGGCUCGGUUGCGGCGGCUAGCCUUGUGCUCCGAGGAUAUCCACUUUCGUUUCUCCCUGGCUCUAGUACUACUACGCUAUGCCGGUCUGAGUGGCGGGGAGUGGCAGCUGGAAUCUGGAUGGCACGCAGGUGUUCCCCCCAGUGUUUUUGCUGCUUUGGUGAGUGCCUUUCACGUGACGGUGGAAUGUUUUGCAAGUCCGUUGAAUUGCACGCUGUCACGAUAUUUUUCUGCGUUUCCUGACACUGAUGCUUUUUUUGGCUGUUGUGGUAACUUUUUUGCUUCCCCACCGUUGGUGCCUCUGGAAGGAGAUCCACUAUCACUUGAGGCGAAUCCACCCUUUGACCAUGGAGUUAUUGCUGCCGGCUUGGAACGGGCCCUGCGGUGGCUGGAGGAUACGCCAGCAACAACGCCACUGUCCUUCGUUUUUAUAUUGCCUGACUCAGCGCAAGCCAACGGCGUUACAGUACGCAAGAGCGCGGAAAAAAGCCGUUUUUUCCGUGGUGGUUGCGUUGUCCCUUCUCAUACGUCCAUGUACGUUCAUGGAGCUUGUCACGUUGAACAACGGAUGAAGCGAAAGCGCCCAUAUAAUGCGUGUGCCAGUGAGGAGGAACUAGUGGUUUUGUCCUGUGCGACAAGAUUAUUGGUGCUGCAGAACGACGCUGCUGCAGCCAUGCUUUCUGCCAGUGAAGGGAUAACUAAGGUGCGAUCUGCUUGGGAGGCAUUAUCAGCUUCUGUGGCAUUGUGA